AACCAGAAGCUGUUGCUGGAAAACCAGCUCUUGCGGGAGAAGACGUGUCACCUCGCCCUGGAGAACCAGGAGCUUCGCUGCCGCUUGGGCUUAGAGUCCCUGAAGACGGAAGAGGAGAGCGAGUCCAAGUCUGAUCUCCUACUGGGAUUUCUGGACAGUCUGGACCCAGACAUGUUUCUCAAGUGUGCUGAUUCGGAGUCAACAUGCCUGGAAAAGCUGGAGGAAGAGAUCUGUGGAGAAAGAAAUUCCAUACCACCCUCCCCCUCUCCAUCUUUGGGGUCCCCAUCAGCUAAGCUGGAGGCCAUUAAUGAACUGAUAAGGUUUGAUCAUGUGUACACAAAGCCCCUUAUACUGGAGAUUCCUGUUAAAAUGGGCAAUGAAACCAAUAUGCUAGUGAAAAUUGAGGAAGUAUCUCUCUCUCCAUCUGAAGACAAAGCUAUCCCUGAGGUCCCAGUAUCUGUGAAAGAGGAACCUGUAGACAGCUUCUUGCCUGAACUGGGCAUCUCUCAUCUGCUUUGCUCUCAUCAUAGCCCUGCAGCAUCAAGGUAUCUGUUGGAUGCCUGUAGUGACUCUGGAUAUGAAGGAUCCCUGUCGCCCUUCAGUGACAUGUCCUCUCCGCUUGAUGCUGACUCUGCUUGGGAGGAUAGCUUUGCAAAUGAACUUUUUCCCCAGCUGAUCAGUGUCUUAACUCAGUAGUGUUAAUUGUCCUCGGAUAACUAUCCUGGCAGGAUGACAGAAUAUGCCCCUCUGGGGUGGGGAAGUCAAGUGUAUUCUUUUCUAAAAGGUGUUGCUCCUUUCUACCCACACCAGUAGAUGGAGUGA